GGCGCGGGACUGAGGCGAGGGCUGGCCGCUGCAGUGAGGGGCAGCCAUGCCUGCCAAGGCGGCCGACAAGAGCCGGCAGGGCCAAGGUGGACCUUCAGGAGGAAAAGCAGGAAAAGCUGGUAAAGCUGGUAAAACUGGACAUAAAAAAUGGGAUGAAGGUGACUUUCCUGAAACAGGAGAGGACUGGUCAGCAAGAGCUGUAGUCAGAUCCCCAGAUCAGCUGGAGCUAACUGAAGAUGAAUUAAAAAAGGAAGUUACACGUACUUUGACAGCUAACAAUCCCCAUAUUCCCCAGGAUAUCGUCAGAUUCAGCUUUAAAGAACGAGCAUACAAGCUAGUGGACAAUAUGGAUCAAACAGCCAUUCACUUCACUUUGAAUGGAUAUUUGGUACCCAAAGAUUCAGAUGAAGGCAGGCGGCAAAGUAUCAGAUCAAGCACUGAAUCAGAAAAGGUUCCUGUUGAGGAGGAAAAGGCUCCUGUGGAGGCUUCUGCUGAGGCAACUGAAGAGACAGAGACUAAAGAUGAAGAACCCACAGGAGGUGCUGAGGCUUCAGGAGAGGAAGAGGAGGCACAGACAGCUGAAGCAGCUGAAGCAGCUGAAGAAGCUGAGGCAGCAGAGGCAGAAGAGCCUCCUCCCCCAAAAGUGCCAGAGAAGAAACUUGCAAACCAGUUCAACUUCAUUGAGAGAGGUUCAACUACAUACCACAAUCCUCUGCGGGAAAAAGGCUAUCAAACUGACCCUGCACCUUUUGAAACUUUCUCAGAAAAUGUUAACCAGUGGUAUAUCUAUGAUGCCUAUAUGGAGGAACUUGAGAGAAUAGAAAAGGCAAAAGAAAAAGAAAAAGCAAAACCUGUGGCAGUAAAGAAAGAAGAUAAGAAAACUGGAAGAAAGUUAUCCUAUGUGGAGCCACCGCAUGUUGAUUCUCUAAGCAAGGUCGCAAAGGCUGCUAAAAUAGCGGAACGGAUGGUGAGCCUGAACACAUUUGAUGAUGUUGCACAAGAUUUUAAAUAUUUUGAGGAUGCAUCAGAUGAAUUCAGAGGCCAGGAAGGAACCCUCCUCCCACUCUGGAAGUUCCAGUAUGAAAAAACCAAGAAACUUGCAGUUACUGCCAUCUCCUGGAAUCCAAAGUACAAGGACCUAUUUGCAGUGGGAUAUGGCUCUUAUGACUUCAUGAAGCAGGGCCACGGCAUGCUCCUGCUCUACACACUGAAGAACCCCUCCUUCCCAGAGUACUCCUACAGCAGUGAGAGUGGUGUCAUGUGCCUGGAUUUCCACAGUGACCACCCCUACCUCCUGGCAGCAGGCUUCUAUGAUGGCAACGUGGCCAUCUACAACCUGAAGAAAGCAAGCUCCCAGCCCAGCUACAAGAGUAGUGCCAAGUCAGGAAAGCACACAGAGCCAGUGUGGCAGGUCAAGUGGCAGAAGGAUGAUAUGGACAACAAUUCCAACUUCUUCUCUGUCUCCUCAGAUGGGCGGAUUGUUUCAUGGACUUUAGUUAAGAAUGAGCUGGUUCACAUGGAUGUCAUCAAGCUGUCGGCAGAUGGAACAACGAUGCAGGGGCCAGAGGGGCUGCAGCUGCAAACAUUUGGCAGCGGGACAUCAUUUGAUUUUCACAAAAAGAUAGACUAUUUGUUUCUUGUUGGUACUGAAGAGGGCAAGAUCUAUAAGUGUUCAAAAAGUUAUUCAAGCCAGUUUCUGGAUGUGUUUGAAGCCCAUCACAUGUCCGUGGACUCAAUCAGCUGGAAUCCCUUCCACAUGAAAAUCUUCAUUUCCUGCAGCUCUGACUGGACAGUCAAGAUCUGGGAUCACACCAUCAAGACUCCAGUGUUUGUUUAUGACCUGGGUACUGCUGUAGGGGAUGUUGCAUGGUCUCCUUACUCCUCCACAGUGUUUGCUGCAGUCACCAUUGAUGGCCAGGCCCAUGUGUUUGAUCUGAACGUUAAUAAGCUUGAACCUCUCUGUACCCAGCUAGUGGUGACCGGGAAGAAAAAUAAAACAACACACAUCCAGUUUAACCCCGUCUACCCUAUUAUCGUUGUUGGAGAUGAACGAGGCCUCAUCGUCUGCUUGAAGCUCUCUCCCAAUCUGCGCAAGAUGCCCAAGGAUACAGAGGACGCCUUGUUCCUGGGUGGCAGGGUUCAGAGCGAGGCAUGGGUAGGGACACAUCGCCAGUGCAUCUGGUAA